AUGUGCAUCUGUGUGUUUCUCUUUUGCGUUUCCGAUACACCGUGUGUAUCUUGUGUGUUCGUUUUNUGUUACCACAGACCCAAGCAACCCACAGUGACAAUCAUGACAACGAUGUUCGUCCAACUGCGCCGCGUGGUGUACCUGUUGGUACUUCUGCAGUGUUGUGUGUGUGUGGCAUAUGCGCAAAGUGUGGAGGAAUCUGCAAAAGACGUUGUAGAAAGGAGGGAAAAAAGAUUAAGAUAUAUUGAAAGUCAUAUUAAUGCCACACGUAAUAGCACAUUUAUUAACUUGUUUAAAUUGAGGGAUGAAAGGAAAUUA